AUCUUCGAUCAAUGUGAAGAUGGAGAUGAAGAACGGGAGCUCGACAAUCGCGUUCUUGACGAUACUGCUCCUAGUACUGUACUUGUGGCAAACAAUAUUUCCAAGCGGGGAAAUGCUUUUGCUUUUGAAAGAAGAAAGUUCCGCCAGCGUGGAUAAGCGGCCGAAACAAAUCAUAGUAAUGGCAGGGCAAAGCAACAUGGCGGGGCGCGGUGGAGUGGUAUGGAGGAAAUUCGACAAUGACACAUCCCUCAAGGUGUGGGACGGGAGCGUCCCGCCCGAAAGCCACCCGAACCCGAACGUGUACCGGUUCAACGAGGAGUUCCAGUGGGAGCCAGCGAAAGAACCGGUCCACGCCGGGAUCGGAUGCACGACGACGUGCGGGAUCGGGAUAGGGAUGGCGUUCGCCAACCAUCUCCUGGCGCUGGACCCGGACUUCGGGCCCAUCGGGCUGGUCCCGUGCGCCGCGGGCGGGACGUCGCUGAAGAACUGGACCACCCCGACGGAUUACCCGUACCCGAGCCUGCUUUACAGGACGAAAAUGGCGAUCAGGAAAGGCGGCAUCCUCAGAGCGGUGUUGUGGUUCCAAGGCGAGAGCGACUCGAAGUACUACAGCUUUGGGAAAUCCUACGACCGAAACCUCCGACUACUCGUCUCGAAAUUGCGCACCGACUUGGAGUCUCCCAUGCUUCCAUGGGUUCAGGUGAUUAUUCCUCACCAGAAACCGCCGUUUGAAGGGCCGUUGAUAGAAGACGUGAGGAAAGCCCAAAUGGGACUGGACUUGCCAAAUGUGGUGAAAGUGGACGGGGAUGGGCUCCCCAUGCAAAGGGAUGGGGUCCAUCUCACCAUUGAGGGCUACGUGAAGCUCGGACGCGUGGCAGGUGGGACAAAAACAUCCUCAAGAGAACUAAACAUGAAUGCUUCUAAGGAAAGAGAGUACAUAAACGAAGAAGGCGCGGUUGAGACGAAGGUGGAGAGCACAAAGUACGAGUCGCCGCCAUGGCAACAACCGCCGCGGAAAGAGGCGGUGGAAGUGAUCCAUCUGCGUCGGACUGAUGAAAACCCCGGCGUGGGUGGCGCUAUGGCGGAUGCCGCCACCAAGCUGGCUGACACGAUCAAUUCUGCUAAGGAAACCGGCGACCGCAACGAUUGAAAAAAAAUGGGUUUCUUAUGAAAGUGAAUAAGUGGUGCGUUCCAGGUUAAGGGCUUGUAGCUAAUUGUCUUCUUCAAAUGUAUUACUGAGUGGCGGGAGUGCUAUAUACACUAGACUUAUAAAUCUUAUACUCCAUC